AUGUUUGGAUUAGGUGGAUCUGCUCCUCAAGUUUCUUCUCAACAAAAGUUGCAAGCCGCUGAGGCUGAAUUAGACAUGGUCACUGGUAUGUUCAACUCUUUGGUUGAACAAUGUCACUCCAAGUGUAUCAACAAGGCUUACAGUGAAUCUGAUGUUUCCAAGCAAGAAGCCUUGUGUUUGGACAGAUGUGUCUCCAAGUACUUCGAAACCAACGUUCAAGUUGGUGACAACAUGCAAAAGAUGGGACAAAGCGGUCAAUUCAUGGGUAGACAAUAG